UCUCACCCACUAUUUACUUACAACCACCUAACUCAGCCCGGGAUAGUUCUAGGCACCCACCUUGACGGUAUCACCCCUGUCGUUGCUAGUAGCACGGAGUCGUAGCUUUCAAAUCGACUUGAUGGUUCAUUAGAUAUGAGUAUCAAUGAUCAAGAAACAGAAUCUCAGCCUACCAGCUCGAUUUUCUGUCGUAGAAAAGCAGCAAUAAGGAGAUCAGAAAGGAAGAGAAGAAGAGGAAGAAGAAGAGUGUUUGUUGUUCAGGAAGUCGUGGACGAGGAAGAUAGUGGAAGCCUCAGGCAGCCAUCGGGGUUCGGUGUAUUUUCCAAUCGCCGGCUCCGGGCUACCGUAAGCACUCACUGUAGUAUUAGUAAAAUAUUCCUGCUUCCCCUCCUGGUUUGUUUUCGCUCUUCUUCCUCUUGGAUCUCUCCAGCACCCAGAGGAAGGAAGUUUCAUCUGAAUUGGCCAGGAGAUUAGCUCAUGGACCGAGAGACACUGCUGUCUGGUCGGACGCCCGCUCCGUAUGGUCGUGCGUGUGAACCCUGCGCGCUGGCGAAGUGCAAAUGCAUACUGCGGACCGCUGGAGACCGUUGCGAGAGGUGUCAUCGUCUCGAUAGAGAAUGUCGUCCGUCGAAAACGGUACGGCGGCGGAACCCACAGAAAGGUCGGUUGUCCAAAACGGCUCGAUUGGAGGAGAAGCUGGAUAACUUGACAAACUUGUUGAAAACCAGUGGUGUGGAGAUUGGGGAGGGGGAAUCGCUCGCUCGAGUGCCAGCAGGUGGAUGUCCAAUGGCCGAGUCAACUUCAACUACCGAUGACUCUUCAGAUUCUGGCCGAAUGGACACUGGACCCGAACCGACUCUCAGCGAGGCAGCUGAAUAUCUGACUCGCUUCCAGACGCAAAAGUCGCAGUACAUGCCCCUGGUAUAUAUCCCGCCAGAAAAGACAGUCCAGCAGCUGCGUCAGGAGCGGCCGUUCCUGUACCUCUGUAUCAUGACGAUAUCUACCACGAAUGUCCCACAGCAGCUUGCACUCUCUCGGAAAGCCAGGAAGAUUAUGGGCCAGGAAAUCAUCCACGACUCAACGGUUGACAGGCUAGACCUGCUGCUGGGAAUUCUUGUAUAUCUCUCAUGGCUCCAAUAUCAAGUUGAUCAGUCCAGGGUAUUUGCCAUGACACACCUCGCCAUUGGAUUGGUAUUUGAGCUGGGUCUGAACAGACCUCUGACCAACCGUGUCUGCCAAUACGAUUGUCAACAUAGCAGUCCUCCAACUCGUACCAUGGAAGAACGCAGAACGGUUGUUGGUUGCUUUCUACUUACAUCGACGCUCUCAUAUUUUAUCCUGAAGAUUGAUGCGCUGCGGUGGACUCCGUACUUGAAUGGAUGCCUUCAAGUUCUGGAGACACAACCAGAGUGCACUAACGACGAGCUGCUGGUGCACCUGGUCCAAAUACAACUAGUGUCUCAAACGGGCUGGCAAGAUGGAAUGACCACUGCUAGUGACAAUGUUCGAGCACCUCCGCCUUUCUAUCUCCAUGCGCUUAGAUCGCAGUUGGAUCAAGCUAGGAGAAAUUUUGGACCUCAUCUGCAGACUCAUGCAGUGUUGUUAUUACAUGCACACAGUGCUACUCUGGCCAUAAAUGAUUUUGCGCUUUCCGGCCUGCCUAUUGUUCUCGAGAAUUCUCGUUCUUUGCAGCUGGACUGUCUCUACGCCUGUCUUGACAGCGUCAAAUUGUACUUCGAUCUGUUCUUCGCCAUACCCCCGGCUGCAUUUUUCGACCUCCCAGUCUCGAUUUGCGGGCAGGUGAACCAAACUCUGUCGGCUCUGUAUCGUCUUUCAAUUCUGGAUGAUCCAGCAUGGGACAGAGUUGCCGUUCGCAAGAUUGUAGAUAUCCAAAUUAUCUUCGAUCGACUCUUUGACGUGCUCCAGCAAGCAGCUGUGCUCGCUGGCUUGGACGGGGGUGUCGAGAACCCCAUUCUCUCUAAAGCCAUGCAGGCUUUUCGUUCUAUCCGCAGUCGGUGGGAGGCUAGAGAGCGGUCGGAACUCAUGUCCACGCCACUGAAUAUGAAUGAGGAUUUCCUUGAUCCCUCAAUUGGGGACAUGCUAGGAGUUGACUUGUGGGGGGAGCUGUUCACAGCUUGGAAUGUAUGA